CCAGCCUCUCCCCGCAGGUUGUGUAGCCUGACCCUGAAGAAGCUGGUGGUCUUCAAGGAACUGGAGAAGGAACUCAUCUCCGUGGUGAUCGCCGUCAAGAUGCAGGGCUCCAAGCGGAUCCUGCGGUCCCAUGAGAUUGUGCUGCCCCCCAGUGGACAAGUAGAAACUGACCUGGCCCUGACCUUCUCACUGCAGUAUCCUCACUUCCUGAAGAGAGAGGGCAAUAAGCUACAGAUCCUGCUGCAGCGCCGGAAGCGCUACAAGAACCGGACCAUCCUGGGCUAUAAGACGCUGGCCGCAGGCUCUGUCAACAUGGCCGAGGUGAUGCAGCACCCCUCUGAGGGCGGCCAGGUGCUGAGCCUCUGCAGCAACAUCAAGGAGGCCUCUGUCAAGGUGGCCGAGAUCUGGAUCGUGUCGCUGUCCAGUCAGCCCAUUGAUCACGAGGACAGCACCAUGCAGGCUGGUCCCAAGGCCAAGUCCACGGACAACUACUCCGAGGAGGAGUACGAGAGCUUCUCCUCCGAGCAGGAGGCCAGCGAUGAUGCUGUGCAGGGCCAGGAUUUGGAUGAGGAUGACUUUGAUGUGGGGAAGCCCAAGAAGCAGCGGCGCUCGAUACAACAAAACUUCAAGCAGAAAGUCGUGGCCCUGCUGCGGAGGUUCAAAGUGUCGGAUGAGGUCCUGGACUCAGAACAGGACCCUGCAGAGCAUGUCCCCGAGGUGGAGGAGGACCUGGACCUUCUGUAUGACACCCUGGACAUGGAGAACCCCAGUGACAGUGGCCCCGACAUGGAGGAUGACGACAGUGUCCUCAGCACCCCCAAGCCGAAGCUCAGGCCGUACUUCGAAGGCCUGUCGCACUCCAGCUCACAGACGGAGAUCGGGAGCAUCCACAGUGCCCGCAGCCACAGGGAGCCCCCAAGCCCGGCUGACGCACCUGAGAAGACACAGUCCCUGGGAAGCAAGCAGCCAAGUGAUAGCGUCUCCGACAUGGUGGCCCUUGGCUCACCAGCCCCACGGGAACAACCGGGGCAGCCUGAGGACAGUCCCGAGGGGGAGACCUCCACUCUGGACGUGUUCACAGAGAGACUGCCGCCCAGUGGGAGGAUAACCAAGACAGAGUCUCUGGUCAUACCCUCUACCAGGUCUGAGGGGAAGCAGGCUGGCCGCCGGGGCCGGAGCACAUCCCUAAAGGAGCGGCAGCCGGCACGGCCCCAGAAUGAGCGAGCCAACAGCCUGGACAACGAACGCUGCCCUGACUCACGGAGCCAGCUACAGAUCCCCAGGAAGACUGUGUACGACCAGCUCAACCACAUCCUCAUCUCUGACGACCAGCUUCCUGAAAACAUCAUUCUUGUCAACACCUCUGAUUGGCAGGGGCAGUUCCUCUCAGAUGUGCUGCAGAGGCACACACUACCGGUGGUGUGCACGUGCUCCCCUGCGGAUGUCCAGGCGGCCUUCAGCACCAUCGUCUCACGGAUACAGAGAUACUGCAACUGCAAUUCCCAGCCCCCAACUCCUGUGAAGAUUGCAGUGGCUGGGGCACAGCAUUACCUCAGUGCCAUUCUGCGGCUCUUCGUGGAGCAGCUGUCCCACAAGACCCCCGACUGGCUUGGCUACAUGCGCUUCCUCGUCAUCCCACUGGGUUCCCACCCCGUGGCCAGGUACCUGGGCUCUGUCGACUACCGCUACCACAACUUCUUCCAGGACCUUGCCUGGAAAGAUCUGUUCAACAGGCUGGAAGCCCAGAGCGCGGUGCAGGACACGCCGGACAUCGUGUCGCGCAUCACGCAGUACAUUGCUGGGGCCAACUGCGCCCACCAGCUGCCCAUUGCAGAGGCCAUGUUGACCUACAAGCAAAAGAGCCCUGAUGAAGAGUCAUCUCAGAAGUUCAUUCCCUUCGUUGGGGUUGUGAAAGUUGGACUUGUGGAGCCAUCCUCAGCCACAUCAGGUGACUCGGAUGAUGCAGCUCCCUCGGGCUCUGCUGUGCUCUCCUCCACCCCGCCCUCGACAUCUCCUGCAGCCAAGGAGGCCUCACCCACACCACCCUCCUCCCCAUCGGUGAGCGGAGGCUUGUCCUCCCCCAGCCAGGGUGUCGGCGCCGAGCUGAUGGGGCUGCAAGUGGACUACUGGACGGCAGCGCAGCCCACAGACAGGAAGAGGGACGCGGAGAAGAAGGACCUGCCCACCGCCAAAAACACGCUCAAGUGCACUUUCCGGUCCCUCCAGGUCAGCAGGCUGCCCAGCAGUGGCGAGGCUGCAGCCACGGCCACCAUGUCCAUGACUGUGGUCACCAAGGAGAAGAACAAGAAGGUGAUGUUUCUGCCCAAGAAAACCAAGGACAAGGACGUGGAGUCCAAGAGCCAGUGCAUUGAGGGCAUCAGCCGGCUUAUCUGCACAGCCAAGCACCAGCAGAACAUGCUGCGGGUCCUCAUCGAUGGCGUGGAGUGCAGCGAUGUCAAGUUCUUCCAGCUGGCCGCCCAGUGGUCCUCGCACGUGAAGCACUUCCCCAUCUGCAUCUUUGGACACUCCAAGGCCACUUUCUAGCCCUGACCAUGGAGGGGCCCACGCAGGACAAACAGCAGAGGGCCCCACGGCCUGCUCAGGGGCACCUGCUGCAUUUCUGUUAACAUUUCAGUUUACUACAGAGACAGACCCUUAAACGCAAAGAGAA